CUCAGGCAGCACAGCACCUGGCAACCCUGGGGAACUACAGUUCAGUGGCAAAGUGACAAGCAAAAAUACGAAAAUGGUUCUGGAGAGUACUAUGAUAUGCUUUGAUAACAGCGACUAUCAGCGCAACGGAGACUACUUUCCAACCCGUCUCAACGUCCAGAAAGAUGGCAUCAAUCUGGUCUGCCUGACCAAGCUGCGUUCCAAUCCCGAGAACAAUGUGGGCCUGAUGACUCUGUCCAACACCGUAGAAGUGCUGGCCACUCUUACUAGCGAUGUAGGGCGUAUUUUCUCAAAGAUGCAUCUCGUUCAGCCGAAGGGCGAGAUAAACCUCCUGACCGGAAUACGAAUUGCCCAUCUGGUGCUAAAGCAUCGCCAAGGCAAGAACCACAAGAUGCGCAUCGUGGUCUUUGUGGGCUCCCCCAUCAAUCACGAGGAGGGCGAUCUAGUGAAGCAGGCCAAGCGCCUCAAGAAGGAGAAGGUCAACGUAGACAUAGUUAGCUUCGGCGAUCAUGGCAACAACAACGAGACUCUCACAGCAUUCAUCAACGCGCUAAACGGCAAGGACGGCACCGGCUCCCAUUUGGUCAGCGUACCUCGGGGAUCCGCUUUGUCGGAUGCCCUGUUGUCGUCACCCAUCAUCCAGGGCGAGGACGGCUUGGGCGGAGCUGGUCUGGGCGGCAACGUCUUCGAAUUCGGUGUAGAUCCAAAUGAGGACCCCGAACUGGCUCUCGCCUUGCGUGUGUCUAUGGAGGAGCAAAGGCAGCGCCAGGAGAGCGAGCAACGUCGCGCCAAUCCCGAUGGGGCUCCGCCGACUGGCGGAGAUGCUGGUGGCGGAGGCGGCGUUUCGGGAUCUGGACCUGGAAACGAAGAAAGUGCAGGAGCAGAGAACGAAGCCAACACCGAGGAGGCCAUGCUGCAGCGUGCCCUGGCUCUGUCCACCGAAACACCCGAGGACAACUUGCCGGACUUCGCUAACAUGACUGAGGAGGAACAGAUUGCCUUCGCUAUGCAGAUGUCCAUGCAGGAUGCUCCCGACGACACUGUUACCCAGCAAGCAAAGCGCCCAAAGACGGACGAGGCGAACGCCCCCAUGGACGUGGACGAAGACUAUUCGGAGGUGAUCGGGGACCCGGCCUUCUUGCAGAGCGUGCUGGAGAAUCUACCUGGUGUUGAUCCCCAGUCGGAGGCGGUGCGCGAUGCUGUCGGUUCACUCAACAAGGACAAGGACAAAAAGAGCGACGGCAAGGACUCGCAGAAAAAAUAAACCGCAUCUAUGAUUAUAUCUAAUAAGCUCGUUUAAAGCAUUUGUAUGCCCAUUAAAAUCAUUUGUAGCCCUCUUUCAAAUUAUGCUUCAAGUGAAAAUAUAUAAACAAAUACACACGAAAUGCUGCUGCCUUAA